GUCCAAAACUUGCUCACAGCGCUGUCAGCGCCCUCACGGUCGGUCCGAAACAACCGUGAGCGAGCUCUCGCGAGACGUAUGACGUCACACUUCCCGCUCUCACGACUGCUCACGGCGCCCCACCUCCGACCCUUGAGCGACGUGAGCACAACAGCAAUUGCGCGCCAAAAGCACAAAAACAAGACAAAGAGACUGGAGAGAGUGCAGAGGAGCAGUAAAGAUGCCGUCCUUCACAGUAUUUGACGCCUCAACGAAUAUGGAUGUGUGCUUAACAGUCAGCGAUGCUGACUAUCAAAGAGCAAUGGCAGACAAUACGUUCCUUGUGGCAUUAGUCAAUCAAGAAUACUCAAGAAGGGCGGAAGCAAUUGCCGCUGCUGCUGAUGCAGAUGAAGCAGAAGCUGCAACAGAAGACGCACAUGCACCCUCCGAUGAGGCGCAGGAGGAGCAGGAGGUCCAGGAGGGUGGAGACCAAAAAUCUAUCUUUUUGUGGACCACCGACGUAAUAUAUCUGCUCCUCUCUUUGUAUGAAGAAAAUAUGGAGCAAUUUUCCGCAGGGAAAAAAACCCACAAGAAAAUUUGGGCUGGCAUUGCCGCGGAGGUAAAAUUGAAAAGUGGGAAAGAUCCCAAAGGUGAGCAAUGCCAGUCCAAAAUGGCCUCGUUGAAAAAGACCUAUAAAAAUAUUAUUGACCACAACGGUGUGUCGGGCAACAAUAGGAAAACCUGGCCAUACUUUAAGAGGAUGGAUGAAAUUUUUGGCAAGAGUGGGUGGGCCGAGCCAAAAGCCCUGGCAACGGAAGCUGGCCCUGGUCCUGGCCCUGGCUCUUCUGCUGCCUCUGCAUCAGACUCACCACCAGUAGCCAAAAAGGCCAGAGCAGAGGUCCUAUUAGAUAAAUUUGUUGAAGAGCUGAGGAGGGAAAGAAAAGAGAGGGAGGAGGCAAAGAGGAGGGAAAAGGAGGCCAAAGAGGCGGCCUUUCAGAAACUUCAAAUGGAGAGGAAGAGCCUCAAAGAACAGAUGCAUAGGGAAACUAUGGAAAUGAUGAGAAAAAUGACGGAGGCCAUUACUGGCAAAAAAAUUGACAAUUAGUCCUAGCUAAAAUGAAGUUUUGUUAAGUUGUUUUUUUAAAUUUUCUAUUCUAUUCUAUGACGUAAAGAGACAACACUUGCAGUCCAAGUUCAUUGGCUUAGUCUUUUGCUGUAGCUCAGACCUAAGAGUUACUGGCACAUAGACAAAGCUGUAAUGAUCUGGGAGUGCCAAUGCUGUCUGAUUGUGCUGUUGCAGUUUUGUCUAUGUGCCAUGUAUCUCUAGGUCUAGUCACCCUUCGAACUUAGGCUGUGAUAUUUUGUCUUUAUGACCUCUAGUAUUAAUGUGAAUGGAGCUCAUCGCUACUAGCCUUUUAUUUUUGCAAAAGGCAUCCUAAGAUGAUCUCUCUUCUAUAUCUAAGUACCUAAAUGUUUGUUUUACUCUUAUCUAUUUAAUAAGUCAAAUGUUAAAAGAAACUAGUUGGCCCGUAUCGUGUAUGUUUUGUUAAAAAAAAAUACCGAAGGGAUGGGCAUAUUUUUCAAUCAAGCACUAUCACAGCAAUAUCUGGCGUCCAUGAUCAUUUUGGCAGUCUUUUGCUGUAGCUCAGACCUAAGAGUUACUGGCACAUAGACAAUGCUGUAAUGAUCUGGGAGUGCCAAUGCUGUCUGAUUGUGCUGUUGCAGUUUUGUCUAUGUGCCAUGUAUCUCUAGGUCUAGUCACCCUUUGAACUUGGGCUGUGAUAUUUUGCCAUUGUGCUUGUGUUGAUGUUUAAGUUUGGUAUAGGUCUAAACGUACUUCAAGCGUUUCUAGACAAACUUUUUAUAUUUCAUGUUUUGUAAAGUAAUUUUUUUUUGAAUUACUAAUAAACUUAAUACAAUUAUAAGCACCCCA